AUUUUCAUAUUUACUAUCUUAAAUUUAACAUUCAUAUUUAUUCAUUUAUUAUUAAUAUGAGUUACGACGUAGAAGAACUUAUUAUAGAAGUAUCUGUGGAAGAUUCUAUAUGGAAUAUAAUCCUUAUACUCAAGAAAAAGUGGAAAAACUUAAAGGAUACCUAUCGGAGGAAAUGCAUUACAAAAUCAGGGCAAGCUGCCAAUAAAACUAAAUCAUAUAUUUAUUCCAAUAUUUUGGAGUUUUUGAAACCAACAAUGGAUAAUAGAAGGACUGAAAGUAAUUUUAAUGAUGAUACCGAUGACGAUAAUAAUGGAAUUGAAGAUGAUGCUGAGGAUGAAGAACAAGCAAAUGAAGAAGUAGAAAAAGAAGUGGAAGAAGAAAGUCAUUCAAAAAAGCCCAGAUUAGGAACAUUAAAAUCAAAGAAGUAUGACCAAAAAAUGUCACCUUUUGAAAAUCAACUUGUUGAUCUUAUGAAAAAUAAACAAACUAACAAUGAUCCGGAUAAAUUGUUUUUACCAUCGCUUUUACCAAAAUUUAAAUUAUUAAACGAAGACCAAAAACUCAAUGCACAAAUAGAAGUAUUAAACAUAUUUCAAAAAAUUAUAAACCCACAACCUGCACCGGCUGCACCUAUUCAACACGGACAACAUUUUUCCAUUCCCAACAUUCAACCGUUUCGUCCAUCAUUAGUGAAUUCAUAUGUACAAAACCCAUCAUCACACCCAAUUUAUACCCAAACGUAUUCAAAUUAUCCUGCCCCUAAUUCCCAAAACUGUCAUUCUCCAUAUGAUGAUAACGGUUCACAAAAUAUCUAG